CCCUCGGCAAUUCCAAUUUCCAAUUCCCCUUUCCUCUCUCCCUCCCCCUCCCCUGCAAUCGCAAACACCAGCGGCGGCGCCGGGCCCCGAAAACCCUCGCGCGCGACGGCCAACGCCAACGGAGCCCGCCAGCUAGCUUCAAUCGCGAGUGAUCCCCACCGCCCUCUCCUCCGGUCCUCCGAACCCUAGCCGUCCCCCCAUGGCGGCCUGAGGCGCGUACGGAUCGCGCGGGAGAUGCAGGGCGGUGUCGUGGCCCACGCCGCCGCCGCCGCGGCGGCCGCGUCGACGGUGACCACUGCGGUGGCGCCUCCGGUGCCGGCGCACGCGGCGGUGGUGGGAAACGGCGGCGGGCCGGCGGCCGCCGCGCCGCCGCCACCGUUCCUUAUGAAGACGUACGAGAUGGUGGACGACCCGGCCACCGACGACGUCGUGUCCUGGGGCCCCGGGAACAACAGCUUCAUCGUCUGGAACACGCCCGAGUUCGCCAGGGACCUCCUGCCCAAGUACUUCAAGCACAGCAACUUCUCAUCAUUCGUCAGGCAGCUCAACACCUACGGGUUUAGAAAGGUUGAUCCAGACAGAUGGGAAUUUGCAAAUGAGGGUUUUCUUAGAGGACAAAAACAUCUGCUGAAGACUAUCAACAGAAGGAAACCAUCCUUGCAGGGGAACAGCCAACCACAGCAACCUCAGUUGCAGAAUGCUCCUGUGCCUUCCUGUGUAGAGGUGGGCAAGUUUGGGUUGGAGGAAGAGAUAGAACGGCUGAAAAGGGAUAAGAAUGUUCUUAUGCAAGAGCUUGUCAGGCUGAGACAGCAACAGCAAACAACUGACCAUCAGCUUCAGACUUUGGGCAAGCGUCUUCAAGGGAUGGAGUCACGGCAGCAACAGAUGAUGUCUUUCCUGGCUAAGGCAAUGCAAAGUCCUGGUUUCCUAGCACAGUUUGUACAGCAAAACGAGAAUAGUAGAAGAAGAAUAGUAGCUGCGAACAAGAAAAGGCGGCUACCCAAGCAAGAUGGUGGCCUAGACUCUGAAAGUGCUGCUGCUUCGUUAGACGGUCAAAUUAUCAAGUAUCAACCUUUGAUCAACGAAGCAGCCAAAGCAAUGCUAAGGAAGAUCCUAAAGCUAGAUUCUUCGCAUAGGUUUGAAUCUAUGGGCAAUUCAGAUAAUAAUAAUUUUCUGCUGGAGAAUUAUAUGCCAGCUGCUCAAGCUUUUGAGAGCUCUUCGUCAACAAGAAAUUCUGGGGUCACCCUUGCAGAGGUUCCAGCUAACUCGGGCUUGCCCUAUGUCAGCGCAAGCUCUGGACUGUCAGCUAUCUGUUCUCCUUCAGUGGCUCCUGAAAUCCAGUGCCCAGUUGUGCUGGACAACAAGUUGUCUAACCAAGUGCCCAACAUGAGUGCUGUGCCUCCUGUUUCAAACCCUAUAACAGCAGGCUCAAGUGACAUCAGCAUUCCGGAAUUCUCAGAUCUGGCGGACUUGGUAAACGAAGACUCUGUCAAUAUUCCUGGAGGGGCCUUUGAGAUGCCUGGUCCUGAGUUUCCCCUGCCAGAAGGUGAUGACAGUGUCCCCAUCGAGACUGAUGAGACCAUGUACAACAAUGACGAGACUCAGAGCCUUCCAGGCAUCAUCGACUCCUUCUGGGAGCAGUUCCUGGUAGGCAGCCCUCUAUCCGCCGAUAAUGAUGAAGUUGAUUCAGGCGGACUAGAUGCAAGGGGUUCACCACAGGAGAAUGGGUGGAGCAAAGUGGGGAACAUCUCCAAUCUUACAGAACAGAUGGGCCUUCUAUCAUCAACAAAUCACCGGGACUCAGGGAAUGGGCUGUAAUAUCUUAAUAUGGUAGACUGGGAUUCUGGUAAUAAGUGUCGCCUGCCAUUUUGUUAUUUUCCUUUUCGCCAAAAUGAUAUGCCCGGUAUAUCAACAACCCAACCUAUAUGUGGGGGGAUUCAAUCUUCCAGCCAUGAAUGAUCUUGGUACACACGCCACAGCCAGGAAUUCACCUGCUUGUAUCUAGUGUUGGCAGGCUUGAGAACACGAGGGUUACUUGUUAAAUCUGUAUGAUUACUUGUACUGUAGUUGCUGUUGUUAUUUCUGCUGCACUUGGCAACUAACGUAGGGAAGGGGGCAAUACUAGCACUGUACUGUAUUACUGUCCGGAGGCUAAUGCUGACUUGUGACAGAUUGGUCGUUUUCCAAUCACUGUUGCUGAAAGUGAGGUGCCCAUUAUCG